CUCCUGCAAAGUCUUCCCUUCGUCUCCUCCCAGACUAUAACGACUCUACUCUCUCUCUCUCUCUCUCUGCAAAUUGCAGAGCUUGAAAUUAUCAUCAAUGGUGGCUGCAGAGACCGCGAAAGACAAAGCUCUACGCUAUGCAUUCGGAAAUGUCCUCUGCUUCUUCAUCCUCCUCCUCAUCGGCGUUCUCGCCUUCUCGAUCCGUAUCUUCUCGGUUAUAAAAUACGAGAGUGUUAUUCACGAGUUCGAUCCUUAUUUCAAUUACAGAGUCACUCAGUUUCUUACAAAGAACGGAAUAUAUGACUUCUGGAACUGGUUUGAUGAUAGGACCUGGUAUCCUCUUGGUCGUGUAAUUGGCGGAACUGUUUACCCUGGAUUAACGUUAACAGCUGGAACUUUAUGGUGGACAUUGAAUGCUUUGAACAUUCCUUUAUCAGUGGAGACUGUUUGUGUCUUCACUGCUCCCAUAUUUUCUGCUUUUGCUGCCUGGGCAACCUACUUUUUGACGAAGGAGGUUAAGGGUACUGGUGCAGGACUUGCUGCAGCAGCUCUAUUGGCCAUGGUUCCAUCCUAUAUAUCGCGAUCCGUUGCUGGUAGUUACGAUAAUGAAGCUGUAGCUAUAUUUGCCUUGAUAUUCACUUUCUAUCUCUAUAUUAAGACCUUGAAUACGGGAUCACUUUUCUAUGCUACUUUAAAUGCAAUCGCAUACUUUUACAUGGUCUGUUCUUGGGGAGGAUACACCUUCAUAAUUAACCUUAUUCCAAUGCACGCGCUGCUUUGCAUCGUCACUGGUCGCUAUUCUCCUCGGCUAUACAUAGCGUAUUGUCCACUUGUCGUUUUGGGCACAUUGCUAGCUGCUUUGGUUCCAGUUGUUGGUUUUAAUGCUGUCCUGACAUCGGAGCAUUUUGCAUCUUUUUUGGUUUUCAUUAUCAUCCAUGUGGUGGCACUAGCAUAUUAUAUCAAAGGAAUUCUCUCUCCGAAGAUGUUUAAAGUUGCAGUUACUCUUGUUGUAUCUGUUGGGCUGGUUGUCUGUUGUGGUGUGAUAGCCAUACUUGUUGCCCUGGUAGCUUCCAGUCCUACAAAAGGAUGGAGUGGACGCAGUUUAAGCUUGCUUGAUCCAACUUACGCAAGCAAGUACAUACCAAUCAUUGCCAGUGUUAGUGAACAUCAGCCACCUACUUGGCCGUCUUACUUUAUGGACAUAAAUGUUUUAGCAUUUUUGGUUCCAGCUGGCAUCGUUGCAUGCUUUUUGCCACUAUCUGAUGCAAGCUCCUUUGUGGUGCUUUACAUUGUGACAUCAGUAUAUUUCUCUGGCGUAAUGGUUCGACUAAUGCUUGUACUUGCCCCAGCAGCAUGUAUAAUGUCGGGCAUUGCACUUUCUGAAGCAUUCAGUGUAUUUACGCGAUCAAUUAAAUUUCAGUUGCCCGGUUUGUCGCAGAGUCACCAAAUGGAUGCAGGAGAUAGUGUUUCUGAACCAUCUGGUGAUGUCAUCCAAAAUGAUAUUGUAAAAACUGACAGACAUGAUGAGCCAGUAAAGGAACGACCUACAAGGAGGAACAAGAAGAAGGAAAAGGAGAAUGUGGACAAGGCUUCUAAGCCCUCUAUUAAGUCAAAGAUUGAAAAUAGGCUUUUGGUUUUGCCUCUAGAGACAUCUAUCAUUGCUCUGUUUUUACUGGUGCUGCUGGGUGCCUUUUAUGUAGUUCACUGUGUCUGGGCAGCAGCAGAAGCUUAUUCAGCACCUUCUAUCGUGCUAACGUCACAUUCGCAUGAUGGUCUUCAUGUGUUUGAUGAUUUUAGGGAGGCUUAUGCAUGGCUAAGCCACAAUACAGAUGUUGAUGAUAAAGUUGCAUCUUGGUGGGAUUAUGGUUAUCAAACUACUGCUAUGGCCAAUCGAACUGUUAUAGUUGAUAACAACACCUGGAAUAACACACACAUUGCAACUGUUGGUACUGCCAUGUCAUCUCCUGAAAAGGCAGCUUGGGAAAUUUUCCACUCCUUGGAUGUAAAAUAUGUUCUUGUGGUCUUUGGAGGUGUUGUUGGCUAUUCUAGUGAUGACAUAAAUAAGUUUUUAUGGAUGGUUCGUAUAGGCGGGGGUGUAUUCCCUCACAUCAAAGAACCUGAUUAUCUGAGAGAUGGUCAGUACCGAAUUGAUUCCCAGGCCACUCCCACCAUGCUAAAUUGCCUCAUGUACAAACUAUCGUAUUACAGGUUUGCUGACACAGAUGGUGGUAAAGGGUUUGACAGAGUAAGGCGGACUGAAAUUGGAAAAAAGAAUAUCAAAUUGACCCAUUUCGAGGAGGUAUUCACAACUCACCAUUGGAUGGUCCGGUUGUACAAACUAAAGCCUCCGAGAAACAGGAUCCGAUCUAAGACAAAGAAAUCCAAAUCGAAGUCUAGCACAGCAACAAACUUGAAAAGAAGUGGGACAGGAAAGAAAAACCCUUGGCACUAAAUACAUAUUCAUAGGUAUCUAUCUUGGAUAGUUUAUUUGUAAUAGAUAUAGAUUCGCAAGCAUCCGCUGGGGAAAUUGGAGAGUCAGGUAGUUAAUUUUCUUCUUCAGAUUAGUAAAUGAUUAAUCCGAAAUUUUGAAUUUUACACUGAUACUGUAUUCUCACUUGAGUUGUAACUUUUGGUACAUUAUUUGAGGAGCAAACAUUUAAAAGUUUUAGAACAGUCCUUGUAGAACCUUUGUACUAGAUUCUGAAGUACCAAUAUACCCAAAUUUUGAUAUAUUAUUGUAAGGUUCAUCAUCUGUCAUCAAUAUACCUGGUGCUGUGCUUUAUUUUUA